GGCCAGUGGGACGUCGUCGCAGAGGCGGACGGGACGCGGGCGUCGCACGUCUUUGACGCCGUGAUGGUUUGCAGCGGCAACUUCUGGGAGCCUUCCCUCCCGCUGCACUGCUUUCCCGGCAUCGAGAGAUUUCAAGGCCAGUACUUUCACAGCAGGCAGUAUAAACAUCCAGACAUGUUUCAGGGGAAAAGAGUCCUCGUGGUCGGCAUGGGAAACUCGGGAGUGGACAUUGCCGUGGAGGCCAGCCGUGUAGCUGCAAAGGUGAUGAUUUGCACUGGCCGAGGUGCCUGGUUGAUCAGCCGCGUAUUUGACCAUGGCUACCCAUGGGACAUGGUUUUCAACACUCGCUUUAUGAACAUGAUUAGGAACAGCCUCCCAGGAGCCCUCACACGGGGCUUGAUUAGCUACCGGGUGAACCAGUGGUUUAAGCAUGAAAACUAUGGCAUUCAGCCAGAGAAGAGCUGCGUGGUACGCGAGCCUGUGCUGAACGACGACCUGCCAAGCUACAUCAUCACGGGGAAGAUCACCAUAAAGCCAAGCGUGAAGGAGUUCAAGGAAAACUCGGUCAUUUUCUACAACUGCCCUGAAGAGGAGCCUAUUGAUAUUGUUGUUUUCUGCACGGGCUACAAUGUCUCUUUCUCGUUCCUUGAAGAAGCAGAUAUCAAGGUGGAAAACAAGCAUGCGUCCCUCUACAAAUACGUGUUCCCGACUCAUUUGCAGAAGCCCACCCUGGCUGUCCUUGGGCUGAUCAAGCCACUCGGAGCAAUCAUGCCUGUGACAGAGAUGCAAGCUCGCUGGGUGACCCGUGUCUUCAAAGACUUGUGUCAGCUGCCUCCUCGGUCUACUAUGGAGAAUGAAGUAAUGGAGAAGAAGAAAAACAAAGUCCGAUGGUUCGGCCUGUCCUUCGAUGAAGUCCUCAAAGUCGAUUGCCUGGUGUACAUGGACGAGAUUGCCUCCUUCAUUGGCGUGAAGCCCAGCGUGCUGGCGCUGCUCUUCAGAGACCCCAAGCUGGCCCUCUCUAUAUUCUUCGGCCCCUGCACCCCCUACCAGUUCCGGCUGCGAGGUCCUGGGCACUGGGAUGGGGCACGACAGGCCAUUCUCACCCAGUGGGACCGGAUUCUGAAGCCAACGAGAACGCGAGUCACCAGUAGCUCUUCCAGCGUCGCGCCUUCUUUCCUUGCUGUGUUUGCAUUUCUCCUGCUCAUGGCAGCAGUGUUUUUUGGUUUCCAGUAGCCCUGUUGUGAUUAAAAACCCUGGUUUUUGUCCUGGGGAAUGUAAUCAUA